UUCGUUCAACCAAACAAGAGUUAGGCCAGCCCUCUGUCCGCUAAUAGAGGAGAAGAAGGGGCUUUUUUUGAUUUCCAGAGAGAGAGAGAGAGAGAUAAAAACACUCUUGUUCGAAGCUCAUCAGCAAUGGCGGGCGUGUCUCUGAAGUGCGGUGAUUGCGGGGUCCUCCUGAGGUCCGUAGAGGAAGCCCAAGAGCACGCCGAGCUCACCUCCCACUCCAACUUCGCCGAGUCCACCGAAGCUGUCCUCAACCUCGUCUGCUCUUCUUGCGGCAAACCCUGCCGAUCCAAGACUGAAAGUGAUUUGCAUACCAAAAGAACGGGCCAUACUGAAUUUGUUGACAAGACAUCAGAGGCAACCAAGCUAAUAAGUUUGGAGGUCCCAAAGGUGGCUGCUGCUGAGGGAGAAGGGGAAGUCGGUGCAUGUAUGAGCCAGUCGGAAGAAAUGAUUGUUCCGGAGGUUGACAAAAAGCUACUUGAGGAACUUGAAGCAAUGGGUUUUCCAACUGCUCGAGCAACCCGUGCGCUUCACUAUUCUGGUAAUGCCAGCUUGGAGGCUGCAAUAAAUUGGGUAGUGGAACACGAGAAUGAUGCUGAUAUUGAUCAGAUGCCUAUGGUACCAGCCAAUACCAAAGUUGAGGCUCCAAAACCUUCUCUUACACCAGAGCAAGUGAAAGGCAAACAACAAGAACUAAGGGAGAGGGCUCGCAAGAAGAAAGAAGAGGAAGAGAAGAGAAUGGAAAGAGAAAGAGAAAAGGAGAGGAUCCGAGUGGGAAAGGAACUUUUGGAAGCAAAGAGAAUCGAGGAAGAAAAUGAAAGAAAGCGAAUAUUGGCCUUAAGGAAAGCUGAGAAAGAAGAAGAGAAAAGAGCAAGAGAAAAAAUUCGUCAAAAGUUGGAAGAAGACAAGGCAGAAAGAAGGCGAAGACUUGGUUUGCCACCAGAAGAACCUUCAGCUCCAAAACCUUCUGCACCAGUUGUGGAAGAGAAAAAGAGUAUAUUGCCUGUUAGGCCUGCCACCAAAGUGGAGCAAAUGAGAGAGUGUUUGCGUUCUCUCAAGCAGAAUCACAAGGAUGAUGACGUGAGAGUGAAGAAAGCAUUCCAGACACUCUUGACUUAUAUUGGGAAUGUUGCCAGAAAUCCUGACGAGGAGAAAUUUAGAAAAAUUAGACUCACCAACCCAUCUUUUCAGGAGCGGGUCGGAGCACUGAAAGGAGGCAUCGAGUUUCUUGAGCUUUGCGGGUUUGAGAAAAUUGAAGGUGGCGAGUUUGUGUUUCUUCCCAGGGAAAAGGUUGACAUCGCUGUUCUUCACUCUGCUGGGUCUGAGCUUGACUCUGCAAUAAAGAACCCAUUUUUUGGAGUUCUUUAAGCCAAAAAUAGUUUCUCAAUUUUAAUUUGGGUGUUUAAACUUUCAAUUACAGAAAAUAUGAAAUUUUUGUUGUGUUUCCAAGUAUAAAACCGGUUGCCUGAUUUUGUUAAUUAUUUGGAUGAGAAUUGAGGUAUCUUUAAUU